UUUACUUAAAAAUAGUGAAUUUUAGUUCUGUUGCUAUGGCGACAAUUGUGCAAUAUAUAGUGGUUCGAGGGGAUCUCACAAGUGCUCUCAAGUGGCCUUUAGGAGCUGUUAUAGCCCAAGCAUGUCACGCCAGCACUGCAAUAAUGCACCUGCACAAGGAUGACCCACAUGUGUUGGAAUAUACUUCGAAAUUGGAUAGCAUGCAUAAGAUUGUCUUAGAAGCAAAAAAUGAAGAAAAUCUUUGUACAUUAGCGGAAACAUUGCAUCAAAAUGAAGUUGAUUUCAAGCUCUGGAUAGAACAGCCUGAAAACUUUGCAACCUGUCUGGCUACAAAACCUUGCCCAAAGCAAGAUAUUCAAAGAUUUUUUAAGAAUUUGAAACUGUUGAAGUGAAAGAAGAGCUCAAAUUGGCCGAAUUCUGAGUAGAUUAUGUAAAACCACAUAGUUUCAGGAGCUCACUGCGAAGUUUGUUCGGAAAUGACAAAUGAAUCUCCUGAGCUUCUGAAUGAGUGCCCGUAACUUUGCUCAGAGAUGAGUCUUCUUUACUUCUGAGUGAGUGACUGUAACUUUGCUUAAAGAUGAGUCUCCUUUGCUUCUGAGUGAGUGCCAGUAAUUAUGCUCAGAGAUGAUUCAUCUUUACUUCUGAGUGAGUGACUGUAACUUUGCUCAAAGAUGAGUAUCCUUUACUUCUGAGUGAGCGCCAGUAAUUAUGCUCAGAGAUGAUUCAUCUUUACUUCUGAGUGAGUGACUGUAACUUUGCUCAGAGAUGAUUCAUCUUUACUUCUGAGUGAGUGACUGUAACUUUGCUCAGAUAUGAGUAUCCUUUACAUCUGAGUGAGUGCCAGUAAUUAUGCUCAAAGAUGUGACAUGUGUCUCUUUAAUACUUUGUGACCCACUUGAAUAGCUUCGCCACACAUCAGUGGGGGAGGAGCACUGCUUUAUAGUAAAAAAAUGUUCAUUUGAAUAUGGUUCGGAUCAUUUUUACAUGUUCCACCAAAAUUGGAAGUUAGAGCAAGAUUGCUGUUCGUCUGUAGAUCUUCCAGUUGCACAGAUCUAUGGUUUUGGAAUUAAAAUGUUCUUAAUUUUUUUUGAACAAAAAAUUUUUCAUAUUGAAUAUUUCUAUGUAUUUGUGGUGAUUUUCUUACAGCUGCCCAGAUGCAAAGACAUCAACACCAUAUUAUUUUUUACAGAGUUUAUUUUUUGUGCCAUUAAAUUUUUUGAAAUCCUG